GGUAACGCCGACGCCCUCUCACGCCUGCCAGACUGUGAAAACACAGUAAAUGUAUUACUUAGUGCUACACCUGACAUUGACUGGGCCUCUCUGCAAGCGGCAGACACAGAGAUACAACCUAUCUAUUUACGACAACAGCACGGCAACAAUAAACCGACGGCCAAAGAAUUACAAGACCUGCCAGCAGCUACGAAGAGCAUCUGUGGUAAGUGGGGUCUCCUUCGUCUAAUUGAUGAUGUCCUCUACAUAAUGGAACCGAAUUCUAACCCCGACUCCUCGUUCCAAGCGCCAAAGUACAGGAGCUCAUUAGCCAAGUACACCAUCAACUGGGGCAUGCUGGUCAAAACAAAACUGAACACGCAAUCCGUCAACGUUUCUGGUGGCCGUUACUUCACCGCGAUGUAAUCGAGUUUUGUAAAAAUUGUGAUUUCUGUAACCGUAACAAACAGCCUACGCACACGCCUAGAGCACCACUCGUACCUAUGCUAACGGAAGCGCCGAACCAGCGCGUCGGGAUCGACAUAAUGGGGCCACUCCCAACUACCAAGAGAGGUAACCGCUAUAUCCUAGUGAUGAUUGAUUACUUCACAAAAUGGUGUGAAGCAGUACCUUUACAACGGCAAGAUGCAAAUAGCGUAGCCCAGGCGUUCAUUGACAAUUGGAUUACUCGUUUUGGUGCCCCCCAUUCACUGCAUUCAGAUCAAGGUGCCGCUUUUGAAAGUCAACUGGUUCAUCACAUCUGCAGCGUAUUUGGCGUUCGGAAGACCCGCACGACUGCUUACCACCCAGAAGGAAACGGGUUGGUGGAACGUACAAAUCGAACCCUCAAGAAUAUCUUACGUGCUUUCCUCGAUCGCUUAUCAACUGACGCUUGGGAUGAGACACUGCCUCAAUGUCUUCUGGCUUAUCGUUCUUCCGUGCACUCCUCCACGGGUUUCUCACCCGCGUUACUUCUGUAUGGCCAAGAAUUACGCCUUCCCAUCGAAGUCCAAGUUCCUCCCCUACCCUUUGAAAAGAUUGACCAUAUCUCUUAUGUCCGGCAACUACGCAACCGUUUAGCAAUCGCUUACGAUCUGGCGCGCACGCAACAAAAGUUGUCAAGUUACCACCAGAAGAAUGUGUAUGACCGUUUCGCUCGUGGUCCAACUUAUGCUGUCGGUGAUCACGUUUGGCUUCACCGUCCUCCUGGGCCAAAUGCAAAAUUCUAUUCCCCAUGGCACGGGCCCUUCGAGAUCGUGCGGAUGUGUCCACCCACCACUUACUUCCUAAAAAAUAUUCAGCAACCGAAUGACGAUAUUAUUCCUGCUCACUACAACCAACUCAAGCCGCAUCGCCUUUUUCCAUCCAAUAAUCCGGCCUCUCAUGAUGAACCACCACCCGCCAGCUGUCAGUAUGAAGUUCCAGCCGUUGGAGGUGCAGGCUACCCAAUUCCUUCCUGGGGCACUGAGGACAGUGCCCUCAGAGGGAGGGGGCAGUGUAAGAGAAACAAAACUAAUAUUGUAACACUAAUCAAUGUUUUAUUUUCUCUACUUGCAGGAAGACACCAGGGAGUCAACUGCCUGGACGAGGAAUUGCAGAACCUGAACAUUAAUGAAGCUCAGUAAAACUGUAAUUCCCUAAAACUGUACCCCGCACUUUUUAAAAAGUCCAUUCUCGCUGAAUAAACUCUUUCCUGUGCAGUUGGUGUUCUGCUUUCAUUACGGUGUGCCUUCUGGUUGCCUGUUACA